AUGUCCGGUCCCUUUGCAUCUGCCCCAGCUCGGGGUCACAGCCAUGUCCCAGAGGAGCGUGAGAGGCGGCCAGAGGAAGGUCGGAGCAUCCCGGGACUCCUGAUCUUCUUAGCUGGGAGCCCGGGGGCUCAGGGGGUACCACCAGGUGGCACAGCAGGUAAAGUGGUAACCCUCUUCGUAGACGAAAUGGUGAUGGAAAGUGGGGGGUCCCUGAUGGAUGGAGAAGAGGCGGGGAUUGGGCGAGUGUGCCACCUGUUGGCGGAAGACGUUAUGGAGGAGGUGGAGGUUGUGGCAGAUGAGGAGCGGGAUCAGGGAUCCUCCCCGGAUCUGAAGGAGAAGACGCUGGAGGAGCAGGGCCUGGAAAGACCUGGAGGUCCGAGUGAGCGGCCGGCACCAAAUGUGCUACAGGCACUGACCGCCCCGAAGAUGGAAGUGAGCUCCCUGCAUGAGGAAAACUGCCGGGCCUCCGUUUGCUUCAUGCACAUGAACCAUCCGAGGAGGAAGCGUCACUUGUCUCGGAAAGGUGCCAUCUUCCAGGGCAUCCCUGACUUCUGGGCCAAAGCUAUUAUGAACCACCGUCAAAUGUCAAUCAUAUUCAACACUCAGGAUGAAGAUUUUCUUAGGUACAUGAACGACUUCAAGGUGCAAGUGCGGCGCUAUCCACGGUCACGUUGCAAGCUGAUCUUCUCCUUUCGGGACAACCCGUACUUCUGGAACACAGUGAUUGUUAAGGAAUAUUACCUUGACAUCACUGGUAAACGUGGCUCCCAGGGUGGUGUAUAUAGGGCACGUCGUUCCACACCGGUCCACUGGUUCUGGGACUUUGAACGGGGAGCACCCAGCCACAGGCUGGACACCAGGAGCCUAAAUUUUCUCAAUUGGCUGUCAGGCCACAACUGCCCAGAAUCGAACAGGAUUGCUGAGAUCAUUGGCCAGAACGUUUGGGACGAUCCCCUGAAGUACUACCCCAGGGAGGAAAUUUGUGCCAUGAGAGGUAGCUGA